CAAGAUCCAAGGUGUGCGCGUCGGCGUCCGAGGCGGUUGGUGCCUGAGAAUUGGUUAAGCGGGACUCGAGGUGACUCUGGGGGAAGCACGCGACGAAAAGAUGAUGCCGGGGUCUCUUCUAACACCAGAAGGGCCCUGAUGAUGGCUGCGCGCAGCUUUCGGAGCCGGAUGCGCGAGGGCCCCGGAGGCCCGGCGGCCUGGCGGCCGGGCGGGCCCAGUUUGGGGACAAGGACGGGGCUGGCAGGGGAGGGUCUGGGCCUGGCGGGAAGGCGGUGCUGCCCCGGACUCGGCCCGCGCGGCGCUCCCAGGCCCCUGGGACCUGGAUCCAGGCCCGUGCGUCCCGUCAGUCCCAGGCGCUGGGAGGCGUCAUCAGGAAAUCGUUGGGUUUACAUUAAUCAGAAUACUUGUUAAACGUUUACCCCUCACUUGCUGCCGGCUGCUUAGUGCAUUAGCUUAGAAAGCAGCAGUUCUGCAGUUAAGAGCCCUGAUUUUUCCCGGGUUUGGAAAACCGGCCUCACCGCCUGCAGGGGGCCCACCCACGCGGCUCUCACUGAUGAAGAAGAAGGGGAGAACUUUAAUGGCACUAGAAUCUUAGGGUUUGGUUUUUGUUUUGUUUUGUUUUUUGUUUUUGUGUUUUUACUUGCAGGAAAACUUAAAAUCAAGUUCAGGCAGCCCCAUGCCAUCAUUAUUAUUACCAAGGUAGUUUAUGCCCAUCUGUAAAGACCAAAAGAAUAUUAAUAAUGACCUUCUGGCCGGGCACGGUGGUUCACACCUGUAAUCCCAGCACUUUGGGAGGCCAAGGCGGGAGGAUCACUUGAGUUGAGUUCGAGACCAGACUGGUUAAUAUGGUGACACCCCAUCUCUACAUAGAAGACAAAAAUUAGCCAGGCGUGGUGGCGAGCUCCUGUAAUCCCAGCUACUCCGGAGGCUGAGGCUGGAGGAUUGCUUGAGCCCGGGAGGUGCAGGCUGCAGUGAACCGAGACUGUGUCAUUGCACUCCAGCCUGGGUGACAGAGUGAGACCCUGUUUCAAAAAAGAAUAAUAACGACCUUCUAAAAACAUCAGAGUAAUACAUGAACAGGAUUUAACAAUCAAAUGGCAAAGAAAGGUUUAUAUGAAAAGGAAUUUUCCUGCUUUAUCUUUUCCCAUUCCCAGCCUCUUUCCCUGAGGUGACUAUACUUAACCAUAAUAAUAAUAAUCUCUUAAUGCCCCUAAUCUCUCCUAUACUUAACCAUAAUAAUAAUAAUCUCUUAAUGCCCCCAAUCUCUCUUUGAUACAAUUUGAUUCUUAAAAUUUCUUCCUGUUGCUUCACCUUAUUACAAUGUCUUAGCAAUUCAUUAUAAGUAUUUUUCUAAAAGUCAUGGUUAUUGUGUAAUGUAUAAAUGUUAUGAAACUAGCUUGGACAUUUUUGUCAUGAAUAAUUUCUAGCUAAUGUUCCUUAGCUGUAUUUAAUUUAGGCAUCUGUUUUUGGUGAAGUGGUUAGAAUUUCGAAUACUGUGUUUACCGGUCAACUUCAAGUGUAAUUAUGAUUUCACUUUAGGACGUGGGAUUUAGAAAGGAGCAUUGAAAAUUAUGAAAUUAUGAAUUUUUUUUGGAUGUUAAUCCAUUGCACCAAGCAUGAGCUGUGCCUAGAGAUCAGCGGUAUAACUUUGUUUUGCUUUGUUUCACAAUUUGGUUUAAUAAGAGCGAUUUCAUUUACCUCAAGUGCUAUUUCUUCAUAAUGCUGUGUAAUGCUAAAGCUUUGAUUAUGUGUGUGUGUGGUUUUUUUCUCCUAUAGGCAAUUAUUUCCAGUCAAAGAAGGAAACCAGUGCCUGGCAUUCUCACCAUCUUUCUACCUACCAUGAUCAAGUGCUUGUCAGUUGAAGUACAAGCCAAAUUGCGUUCUGGUUUGGCCAUAAGCUCCUUGAGCCAAUGUGUUGAGGAACUUGCCCUCAACAGUAUUGAUGCUGAAGCAAAAUGUGUGGCUGUCAGGGUGAAUAUGGAAACCUUCCAAGUUCAAGUGAUAGACAAUGGAUUUGGGAUGGGGAGUGAUGAUGUAGAGAAAGUGGGAAAUCGUUAUUUCACCAGUAAAUGCCACUCGGUACAGGACUUGGAGAAUCCAAGGUUUUAUGGUUUCCGAGGAGAGGCCUUGGCAAAUAUUGCUGACAUGGCCAGUGCUGUGGAAAUUUCAUCCAAGAAAAACAGGACAAUGAAAACUUUUGUGAAACUGUUUCAGAGUGGAAAAGCCCUGAAAGCUUGUGAAGCUGAUGUGACUAGACCAAGCGCUGGGACCACUGUAACAGUGUAUAACCUAUUUUACCAGCUUCCUGUAAGGAGGAAAUGCAUGGACCCUAGACUGGAGUUUGAGAAGGUUAGGCAGAGGCUAGAAGCUCUCUCACUCAUGCACCCUUCCAUUUCUUUCUCCUUGAGAAAUGAUGUUUCUGGUUCCAUGGUUCUUCAGCUCCCUAAAACCAAAGACGUAUGUUCCCGAUUUUGUCAAAUUUAUGGAUUGGGUAAGUCUCAAAAGCUGAGAGAAAUAAGUUUUAAAUAUAAAGAGUUUGAGCUUAGUGGCUAUAUCAGCUCUGAAGCACAUUACAACAAGAAUAUGCAGUUUUUGUUUGUGAACAAAAGACUAGUUUUAAGGACAAAGCUACAUAAACUCGUUGACUUUUUAUUAAGGAAAGAAAGUAUUAUAUGCAAGCCAAAGAAUGGUUCCACCAGUAGGCAAAUGAAUUCAAGUCUUCGGCACCGGUCUACCCCAGAACUCUAUGGCAUAUAUGUAAUUAAUGUGCAGUGCCAAUUCUGUGAGUAUGAUGUGUGCAUGGAGCCAGCCAAAACUCUGAUUGAGUUUCAGAACUGGGACACUCUCUUGUUUUGCAUUCAGGAAGGAGUGAAAAUGUUUUUAAAGCAAGAAAAAUUAUUUGUGGAAUUAUCAGGUGAGGAUAUUAAGGAAUUUAGUGAAGAUAAUGGUUUUAGUUUAUUUGAUGCUACUCUUCAGAAGCGUGUGACUUCUGAUGAGAGGAACAGUUUCCAGGAAGCAUGUAAUAAUAUUUUAGAUUCCUAUGAGAUGUUUAAUUUGCAGUCAAAAGCUGUGAAAAGAAAAACUACUGCAGAAAACAUAAACACACAGAAUUCUAGGGAUUUAGAAGCUAUCAGAAAAAAUACAAAUGAUGCAUUUUUGUACAUUUAUGAAUCAGGUGGUCCAGGCCAUAGCAAAAUUACAGAGCCAUCUUUACAAAACAAAGACAGCUCUUGCUCAGAAUCAAAGAUGUUAGAACAAGAGACAAUUGUAGCAUCAGAAGCAGGAGAAAAUGAGAAACAUAAAAAAUCUUGCCUGGAACAUAGUUCUUUAGAAAAUCCAUGUGGAACCAGUUUAGAAAUGUUUUUAAGCCCUUUUCAGACACCAUGUCACUUUGAGGAGAGUAGGGAGGAUCUAGAAAUAUGGAAAGAAAGUACUACUGUUAAUGGCAUGGCUGCCAACAUCUUGAAAAAUAAUAGAAUUCAGAAUCAACCAGAGAGAUUUAAAGAUGCUACUGAAGUGGGAUGCCAGCCUCUGCCUUUUGCAACAACAUUAUUGGGAGUACAUAGUGCUCAGACAGAGAAAGAGAAAAAAAAAGAACCUAGCAAUUGUGGAAGAAGAAAUGCUUUUAGUUAUGGACGAGUUAAAUUAUGUUCCACUGGCUUUAUAACUCAUGUAGUACAAAAUGAGAAAACUAAAUCAACUGAAACAGAACAUUCAUUUAAAAAUUAUGUUAGACCUGGUCCCACAUGUGCCCAAGAAACAUUUGGAAAUAGAAUACAUCAUUCAGUUGAAACUCCAGACAUCAAAGAUUUAGCCAGCACUUUAAGUAAAGAAUCUGGUCAAUUGCCCAACAAAAAAAAUUGCAGAACAAAUAUAAGUUAUGGGCUAGAGAAUGAACCUACAGCAACUUAUACAAUGUUUUCUACUUUUCAGGAAGGUAGCAAAAAAUCACAAACAGGUUGCAUAUUAUCUGAUACAUCCCCCUCUUUCCCCUGGUGUAGACACGUUUCAAAUAAUAGUAGGAAAACAGAUAAAUUAAUUGGUUCCUCCAAACCAAUCGUCCAUAAGAAGCUAAGGUUGAGUUCACAGCUAGGAUCUUUAGAGAAGUUUAAGAGGCAUUAUGGGAAGAUUGAAAAUCCUCUGGAUAUAGAAGUAGAGGAAACUAAUGGAGUCACUACCAAUCUCAGUCCUCAAGUUGAACCUGACAUUCUACCGAAGGACAAGAACCACUUAGACAACUCUGAUGUUUGUAAAAUCACUACUAUGAAGCAUAGUGAUUCAGAUAGUAGUUGUCAACCAGCAAGCCACAUCCUUGACUCAGAGAAGUUUCCGUUCUCCAAGGAUGAAGAUUGUUUAGAACAGAUGCCUAGUUUGAGAGAAAGCCCUAUGACCCUGAAGGAGUCAUCUCUCUUUAAUAGAAAGCCUUUGGACCUUGAGAAGUCAUCUGAAUCACUAGCCUCUAAAUUAUCCAGACUGAAGGGUUCUGAAAGAGAAAGUCAAACAAUGGGGAUGAUGAGUCAUUUUAAUGAACUUCCAAAUUCAGAUUCCAGUAGGAAAGACAGCAAGUUGUACAGUGUGUUAACACAAGAUUUUUGUAUGUUAUUUAAAAACGACCAUGAAAAAACAGAGAAUGGUGUCAUCCCAACAUCAGAUUCUACCACACAGGAUAAUUCCUUUAAUAAAAACAGUAAAACACAUUCCAACAGCAAUAUAACAGAGAACUGUGUGAUAUCAGAAACUCCUUUGGUAUUGCCCUAUAAUAAUUCUAAAGUUACCGGUAAAGAUUCAGAUGUUUUUAUCAGAGCUUCGGAACAACAGACAGGAAGUCCUGACUCUCCCAGUGGAAUGUUAAUGAAUCUGGUAGAAGAUGCCACAGGUGACCAAAAUGGAAUUUGUUUUCAAAGUGAGGAAUCUAAAGCGAGAGCUUGUUCUGAAACUGAAGAGUCAAACACGUGUUGUUCAGAUUGGCAGCAGCAUUUUGAUGUAGCCCUGGGAAGAAUGGUUUAUGUCAACAAAAUGACUGGACUCAGCACAUUCAUUGCCCCAACUGAGGACAUUCAGGCUGCUUGUACUAAAGACCUGACAACUGUGGCUGUGGAUGUUGUACUUGAGAAUGGGUCUCAGUACAGGUGUCAACCUUUUAGAAGCGACCUUGUUCUUCCUUUCCUUCCGAGAGCUCGAGCAGAGAGGACUGUGAUGAGACAGGAUAACAGAGAUACUGUGGAUGAUACUGUUAGUAGCGAAUCGCUUCAGUCUUUGUUCUCAGAAUGGGACAAUCCAGUAUUUGCCCAUUAUCCAGAGGUUGCUGUUGAUGUAAGCAGUGGCCAGGCUGAGAGCUUAGCAGUUAAAAUUCACAACAUCUUGUAUCCCUAUCGUUUCACCAAAGAAAUGAUUCAUUCAAUGCAGGUUCUCCAGCAAGUGGAUAACAAGUUUAUUGCCUGUUUGAUGAGCACUAAGACUGAAGAGAAUGGCGAGGCAGAUUCCUACGAGAAGCAACAGGCACAAGGCUCUGGUCGGAAAAAAUUACUGUCUUCUACUCUAAUUCCUCCACUAGAGAUAACAGUGACAGAGGAACAAAGGAGACUCUUGUGGUGUUACCACAAAAAUCUGGAAGAUCUGGGCCUUGAAUUUGUAUUUCCAGACACUAGUGAUUCUCUGGUCCUUGUGGGAAAAGUACCACUCUGUUUUGUGGAAAGAGAAGCCAAUGAACUUCGGAGAGGAAGAUCUACUGUGACCAAGAGUAUUGUGGAGGAAUUUAUCCGAGAACAAGUGGAGCUACUCCAGACCACAGGAGGCAUCCAAGGGACAUUGCCACUGACUGUCCAGAAGGUGUUGGCAUCCCAAGCCUGCCAUGGGGCCAUUAAGUUUAAUGAUGGCCUGAGCUUACAGGAAAGUUGCCGCCUUAUUGAAGCUCUGUCCUCAUGCCAGCUGCCAUUCCAGUGUGCUCAUGGGAGACCUUCUAUGCUGCCAUUAGCUGAUAUAGACCACUUGGAGCAGGAAAAACAGAUUAAACCCAAUCUCGCUAAACUUCGCAAAAUGGCCCAGGCCUGGCGUCUCUUUGGAAAAGCAGAGUGUGAUACAAGGCAGAGCCUGCAGCAAUCCAUGCCUCCCUGUGAGCCACCAUGAGAACAGAAUCACUGGUCUAAAAGGAACAAAGGGAUGUUCACUGUAUGCCUCUGAGCAGAGAGCAGCAGCAGCAGGUACCAGCACGGCCCUGAUUGAAUCAGCCCAGUGUCCCUGAGCAGUUUAGACAGCAGGGCUCUCUGUAUCAGUCUUUCUUGAGCAGAUGAUUCCUCUAGUUGAGUAGCCAGAUGAAAUUCAAGCCUAAAGACAAUUCAUUCAUUUGCAUCCAUGGACACAGAAGAUUGCCAUAUAAUAUCUACCUUUUGCUACUUAUUUAAUGAUAAAAUUUAAUGACAGUUUGA